GUAAGAUUGUGACACUAAGCUUGCGACUUCCAGGAUAGUCUACCUGUGUUGUACCAGAUUCAACAUGAAACGAGAACUCCUAUUAUUACUCGUAAAGUAGACGACCUUUGAUGGUUUCACAAUUACGCACGCAUUGUAAUAUUAUUAUUUUUGCCUCGGUUGUGCUGCUCAGUACUGUUAUCGUAAACUUUCAAGCGAAGCUUUCGAAUCUUGUACACAAAAACAACUCUCUGUUUUACACGAAAUUGUCCAGUUACAAAUAACUGGUGGCAAUAUUAUCAAGCAAUUGGCACUGCAAACUUGGUUACAAGGAGAAGAAUAUAAUAUAAACAAUGACGAAACCAUCAUCUUUGUGUGUCUUGUUGAUCUUGAGUGCUACAUGUUCUUCAGUCUGGGCCCGCUCGCGAUUGUCUCCACCAGGUUCCAUCGCGGCAUUACAGCAACAGCGUCGCCGGAUGCAGACCAACGGCGACGACAAUGAUGGAAUCCCAUCCCCAGGAAGUGCCUUCGUUUUUGAUCCGCCAAUUCUCACCACGUCAUACGUGGGAGGCGACUGUACCGGAGGUGGGGGUCCGGACACGAUCUUUCCCGGCCAGCUUGCAUCGAUCAAGAACACCGCAUAUGGUGAAUUCUGCAUCGGCGACUUAGUAGACGGACAGAUUGAAUACAGUUUAUUAGAUGAGAUAACGUGUACCCCAUGGGGAAUCUUCGAACGAUACAGUGCGUGCACUGACGAAACCUGCAACAACUGCACGCCCGAAGCCAUCUCCUACUUCCAAUUAGAAGAGAUCCUCAACGAGCCCAAUGGAUACUGUUAUGAUUUGACCUACUCUCGCAACCCAACCUCCUUCGACAGCGAUGAGCUAUUCCGCGUGGGAUACAUGUUCGAGGACAAUGCAGACAUGUCGGCAGCCUCCGAUUAUUGGUCUCUGAUUGGACUCAACUCCUGCAUCGGCACUAUGGUUGUGGAGGAAGCGAUUGACGAUGACGCUGCGCUUGCCGACGACAUAACUUGUCAAUCGAUCCGUGAGUUACAACAUGUAUUGCUUUCUGUUGCGUUCUCUUCAACACGGAAAUGAUGUGUAUUGGCGUAGAGCAAAAACGAGUUGCUGUGGUACAACACCAACAUCAGUUUUGAGGGGAUGGUUUUAUCGUUUUUAAUUGAAAUACUUACAGCUUGUGAUCGAUUGUGCGCCACAUCGUGCCAUUUUUGUCCGUCCUUGUGGCCUCCUCUCACCUAUCUUCUGAUGUAUCGUACAGCUGAUCUCAUCUGCAACACAGCUGGUUACACUGUCCUCUGCGAUCUCUUCACAAAGUGGGCUCCGGAAGUGUACGAGGCAGCGAGCACCGACUAUUACACCCUGUUUGCUCCAUCCGACGUAGCAUUUGAAAAAAUCUCGGGCCCAUUGACCGACGGCUCCUUGUCGGACGAGGAAAUCGGCGCGAUCUUUUCCUACCACGCUACUGAAGGCUUUGUCAUGAUGAAAGAUCUUGUAUGCGGAGAGAAAAUCGAGAUGGCCAUGGCCGGCAACAGCCGCACCAAGUGUACGGACGGUGGUGCAACCAUGUUCCAGAUGGGUGGUGGCAACCGAAGCAACAAUCUCUUCCCCGUCAUCGAUGAUGCAGACAUCAUGGCUUGCAACGGCAUCAUCCAUCUCGUGAGCGAGGUAAUGCUUCCCAACUUUAUACCCGAGGGCUUUGUUUAAGACGAAAGCGAAAACGAACACGCUCAAACAGGAAAAGUCCCAUCAAACCUACAAAUGUGGGUUGAUGGUGAAUGUAAUGAUAUGAUUUUUGUGACUCAUCGAAGUACUUUAAAGAAUAAUUACUAUUUUGAGAA